AUGGCCCCUCAACCCGACCAAAGCUCCAUGUUUGUCACCUCUCCACAGACCCAGCCGGACGACAGUCCGCUGAUGACGCCGCUGGCGGUCCCCCAGCACGCGGGACUCAGCCAGGCGAUUUCCAAGCUCAGUCUCAACACCAAGGCCCCCGGCACCGUCGAGAAGCCCGUGCGACCUCCGCUGGCGACGCGGGUGUCGGGUCCACACAUUAAGCUGCGACGGUUUUCGGGCACCAAGAGCGAGCACUCGUCUGCCGGCGAGGAGGAUCUACCCCCGCCAAACGUGAAUUUUUUCCUCGAUAACCGACUCCCCACGGAGUACUUCAAGCAGGAUAUCCUCAUGUUGAUCCAUACCCUCAAGAUUCCCAAGUGGAAGUACGUGGAGAGCACCAUGGCCGCCGACAUGGUGGUCACCCGACUGUCUGGUGCGCUCACCAACGCCGUCUACCACGUUGCUCCCCCGACAUACCUCAAGGAGCGGCUGCGAGAAGCCAACGAAGGCUUUGUGGCCAAACACAGGCUGCCGCUGCCUCUGCUGCUACGAGUGUACGGCCCCCAGGUUGAGCAUCUCAUCGACCGGGACUCGGAGCUGCGAAUUCUGCAGCGUCUGGGACGAAAGAACAUUGGACCCAAGAUGAUGGGCACCUUUACCAACGGCCGGUUCGAGCAGUUCUUCCACGCAAAGACCCUGUCCAAGGAAGAUCUCAGAGACCCAGACACUUCUGUGCAGAUUGCCAAGCGAAUGCGAGAGCUGCACGACCACGUGCGACUGCUUCCUGAAGAGCGAAUGUCUGGCCCCGGAGUGUGGGUCAACUUUGAAAAGUGGGGCGUGCGAGCCAAGGAGGUGCUUGAGAUUCUCGAUAACCGGGCCAAGACCAACCCUGCCGCCGAAUGGACUUGCCAGACCGUUGUGCAGAGCUCCUGGGACGAAUUCCUGACCAUGGUUGCCAAGUACCGAAGCUGGCUGGAGCACAAGCAUGGAGGCGCCGAGUCCAUCAACAAGAAGCUCGUCUUUGCCCACAACGAUACACAGUACGGCAAUCUGCUGCGUCUGGAGCCCCCGCCAGGCUCUCCUCUGCUGCAACCUCAGCUGGAGCACAGACAGCUCAUUGUCAUUGACUUUGAGUACGCAUCCCCCAACGCCCGAGGCUUUGAUAUCUGUAACCACUUUUGCGAGUGGAUGUCCGACUACCACGAUGCUCAGCAUCCCGAAACCAUUCAUGAGAAGGCCUAUCCUACCGUCAAGGAGCAGCUCAACCUUCUCAACGGCUACGUGGAGCAUGGUCUGGAGUCCUUUGAUGACGAGGACCAGAUCCAGGUCGAGGUGGACGGACUCAUGGAAGAGGUGCGUGACUGGCGACCCGCCGUGCACCUCUACUGGCUCGUGUGGGGUAUUGUGCAGGCUGUGAUUGACCAGGAGGAAGACGAUGAGAUCCGAGAGGAGCUGAACAUGGAAACUGGCCAGUACACGUUUGAGACCGAGGAGGAGAAGCAGCAAUUGUCCGCGUCUUCCGGCUCUUCUGCCAAUCUCAAACCGUCCGUGAGUCACUCAUCUGCUUCGGAAGUGGAAGAGGAGGAAGACCCCUUUGACUACCUCAGCUACGCGUCCCAGAAGGCCCAACUCUUCUGGAGCGACAUGAUCAGAUUCGGGCUCUUGGACGAGAAAGACUACAAGGGAGUCACCCGGUUUAUUAAUGCGUAG